GGGAGUUCCCAUGAAGUGAGGGCCAUCCUGGCUGUUAUCUCCCUCUUUCCUUUAACCUCCUCUUGUCUCCAGGAUGGUGUGUGUCUGGCUCCCCAAGGGCAUCUGGAUAGGAGUUCUGGCUGUGACCCUGCUGAUGCUGAAUUCCCAGGUGACUGCAGGCAGACAGGUCCCAGAGCACUUCACUCGGCAGGGUAAGGCUCAAUGUUACUUUGAGAAGGGGACGGAGCACGUGCGGCUCGUGGAGAGACACGUGUACAACCGGGAGGAGUUUCUGCGCUUCGACAGCGACGUCGGGGAGUUCGUGGCGGUGACGGAGCUGGGGCGGCCUCAGGCUGAGAAAUGGAACAGCCAGAAGGAGAUCCUGGAGGACAGACGGGCCCAGGUGGACAAUUACUGCAGGCACAACUACGAGGUGUUUGAGCCCUUCUUGGUGCCCCGGCGCGUUGAGCCCGAGGUGACUGUGUAUCCAUCCAAGAUGGCUCCCCUGGGACACCACAACCUGCUUGUCUGCUCUGUCACUGGUUUCUACCCUGGGGACAUUGAGGUCAGGUGGCUCCUGAAUGGGCAGGAGGAGACAGCUGGGGUUGUGUCCACAGGCCUGAUCAGCAAUGGAGACUGGACCUACCAGGUCCUGGUGAUGCUGGAGAUGACCCCCAGGCGUGGGGAUGUCUACACCUGCCACGUGGAGCACUCCAGCCUGCAGAGACCUGUCACCUUGGACUGGAAAGCACAGUCUGGAUCUGCCCAGAGCAAGAUGCUGAGUGGAGUCGGGGGCCUCGUGCUGGGGCUGAUCUUCUUUGGGGUUGGCCUCGUUGUCCACAGGAGGAGUCAGAAAGGAACUCGGGUUUCACAGCAGCAGGGCUCCUGAGCUGAUCCCUGAGGCUGUGUCCCCUGCAGCUGCUGCCUCCCCCUUAGCCUCCCUCCCACGUUUGGAGGCCCCUGCUUGUGCCUGGCUCUCCAGGAUCUUAGCCCUGCUGACCCCUUCCCUGGAGUGGCUCCUUGCCUGUGCCUUGGUCUCUGUCUGGACUCUUUGGCAUUUCCCAACAGAGCUUCAAUGACCCCCCUCCUCCUUACUAUGUUCCUGCACCCGUGUUUUAUCCUUUUUUUUUCUCCUGAGCCUUCACCCCAAUAAUUAGAAGAGUGAGAAUCACCUGGUGCUUGGUGACACGGAGACAAGGUUGGGGAACAGAGGGAUUUGUGUAACCUCUCAGUGUGUGAAAGGCCUCCAGAGGUACAGAGUGCGAUCUAUCCACACCUUUGCAUCCACAUGGCCUCUUGUCCAGGCCCCUCCAUUACCCAGCAUCUUGUUGGCCUUCCUGGCCAUGUCCUGAUAUGAUGUAGAUGUCAAUGGGCCUCACAGGCUUUCCUGCCCAGGAGUCUUUCCCUUUCCCCAUGGGAUGGGCCCUCCUCACUCUGGUCAUCCCUCUCUCUGAUGCCUUUGCUUCUGUCCCUUCUGCUCAGUUCUUCCUGGAUGAUCUAUUGCUAUUGCAUGUGCUUGUCUAUCAUGGGCCUCUCUGUUGUAUUUUUUAAAAUUAAAGUUUUAGUAAAAACCUUUUGCAUUUGCAUGAUAUUCAUUGCUUAAUGUAUACUCUACCCCCAUUCGCCUUCCCUCAUAACAAAAUAUUUAUUUAAAAGUCCCCAAGUAACCAUCACAUUAACCAUGUCUGUCCAACACCAUAUGCAACAAUCCAUGCCCAUAGCAUCUCUGUAUCUGCCAUGAAGAGUUUGUUUUCUCAACUCUGUGGCCAAGCUUGGUGACUGUUAGUACAUAAUAUUCAGCAUCUUUUUUUUUUUUUACCAUUUUUUAUUUUGGAUAUGUUUCUUUCCUGAUUGUGCUUAGAACAUUCUGCAUCACUUGAUUUAAGUCUUCCCAUAUUUCUCUGAAUUUCUCAUAUCUCUUGUUUCUUCUGAUGCAACAAAAUUCCAUGACCAUCACGUGCCACAAUUUCCUGUGCCCUUUCUCAGUUGUUGGGCACUGAUUUUUUUAAUCAUCAAAGUAUUUUAUUAUUUUCUAGUUACAUGUAGAGAUAGUUUUCA